CCUCGUCGUCAUCAUUCAUCGCCAUCUCCUUGGGUCAUUUCCUCGGAAAUCUAAAGCUCGGUCGCCACGAAUUCCCAAUCCAUCGAAAUCUCGAAAAUGGAUCGUCCCGAAUCCGAAAUUCUGAUCCGGGUAACCAAAGAACCCGGCGGAAUCGCCGUCGUCACCAUCAACCGUCCGAAAUCCCUCAACUCGCUGACGAGGGAGAUGAUGGUGGACCUCGCCCACGCCUUCAAGUCUCUGGACGCCGACGAUUCGGUUCGGGUAGCGAUUCUGACCGGAUCGGGUCGUGCGUUUUGCUCCGGUGUCGAUUUGACGGCGGCUGAGUCGGUUUUCAAAGGGGACGUGAAGGACCCCGAAACCGACCCGGUUAUCCAGAUGGAGCGGUUUCUGAAACCGAUAAUCGGAGCGAUCAACGGGUUCGCUGUCACGGCCGGGUUCGAACUGGCAUUGGCCUGCGACGUGUUGGUCGCUGCAAGAGGAGCUAAGUUCAUGGACACUCACGCCAGGUUUGGGAUAUUCCCUUCUUGGGGUCUGUCUCAGAAGCUCUCGAGGAUCAUCGGAGCAAACAAGGCCCGGGAAGUUUCGUUGACUUCCAUGCCAUUGACAGCUGAGGUAGCUGAGAGGUUAGGGUUUGUGAACCAUGUGGUUGAAGAAGGACAGACCUUGACAAAAGCCCGGGAAAUUGCUGAUGCCAUGAUCAAGAAUGAGAAAGACAUGGUUUUACGGAUCAAAUCUGUCAUCAACGACGGUCUGAAGCUCGAUCUUGGCCAUGCUCUUGCUCUUGAGAAGGAGAGAGCUCAUGCGUAUUACCGCGGGAUGACGAAGGAGCAAUUCAAGAAGAUGCAAGAGUUCAUAGCCGGGCGUGGGUCUAAGAAACCUUCUUCCAAGUUAUAGACUUUUGAAUCUCAAGGAUAGAAAAAAACACUCCAUAUAUGACUAUCGGUGGAUCUCCAAUAAUGUCGAUUUGUUUCGUUGAAUGAUAUAAUACCACAGGCAUUUCUGUCUGUGCUGUGAAACGUAUCAUCGCUCAACACGGUUUUAUUGAAUCUUGAUCAUUGAAAUGUAGAUGAGACCCUUCAUUCCU